UGCCGCCUGCAGCUGGAGAGUCAGAGGGCAGGCCUGGGAGGACAGCGGAGCGGCCAGGGCACAGGCACCCACCAGGAGAGCAGCUGAUGACCAGCCAAACCCCAGAAGCAGAGCCUCUGUGGACCUACUGCUGACCACAGGUGCACAAAGAAGCCUGGGUGAGGCCAGAAGAACCAUCCGGACUCCCAUGGCCUGGUAGGGGCAGCUGCUUCAGCUCUGAUUCUGGAUGAAGGUGACAUGGAACAGACCCAGCUAAGCUGAGAGAGACAUAAACGUUCUUCCCACCCACCUCUGCUGCCAUGAAGAUCGCAGUGAUCGGGCAGAGCCUGUUUGGCCAGGAAGUUUAUUGCCACCUGAGGAAGGAAGGCUAUGAGGUCGUAGGCGUGUUCACUGUCCCAGACAAGAAUGGGAAGGCGGACCCCCUGGGCCUGGAGGCCGAGAAGGAUGGAGUGCCAGUGUUUAAGUUCCCCCGCUGGCGGGAGAAAGGACAGGCUCUGCCGGACGUGGUGGCAAAAUACCAGGCUCUGGGUGCUGAGCUCAACGUCCUGCCCUUCUGCAGCCAGUUCAUCCCCAUGGAGGUCAUCAAUGCCCCCCGCCAUGGCUCCAUCAUCUACCACCCGAGUCUGCUCCCCCGGCAUCGAGGGGCCUCGGCCAUCAACUGGACCCUCAUUCACGGAGAUAAAAAAGGGGGGUUUACCGUCUUCUGGGCAGAUGACGGCCUGGACACCGGGGACCUUCUGCUCCAGCGGGAGUGUGAGAUCCUCCCGGACGACACCGUGAGCACUCUGUAUAACCGCUUCCUCUUCCCUGAAGGCAUCAAAGGGAUGGUGCAGGCUGUGAGACUGAUUGCCGAGGGCAGAGCCCCCAGAGUCCCUCAGCCUGAGGAAGGAGCCACCUAUGAAGGCAUCCAGAAGAAGGAAACAGCCAAGAUCAACUGGGAGCAGCCAGCAGAGGCCAUUCAUAACUGGAUCCGUGGGAACGACAAGGUGCCGGGCGCCUGGACAGAGGCUUGUGGGCAGAAGCUGACUUUUUUCAACUCCACACUGAACACUGCAGGCCUGGUGCCUGAGGGAGAAGCUUUGCCCAUCCCGGGAGCCCACCGGCCGGGGGUGGUCACCAAAGCGGGACUGAUCCUCUUUGGGAAUGAUGACAGAAUGCUGCUGGUGAAGAACAUCCAGCUGGAGGAUGGCAAGAUGAUCCCGGCCUCGCACUUCUUCAGGGGAGAAGACAGCAGCGCCCUCGAGCUGACGGAGGCAGAACUGGUCACCAUGGAGGGUGUGCGGAGUGCCUGGAAACGGAUUCUCCCCAACGUCCUGGAGGUAGAAGACUCCACCGAUUUCUUCAAGUCGGGUGCCGCAUCAGUGGAUGUGGUGAGACUGGUGGAGGAAGUGAAAGAGCUGUGCGAUGGUGUGGAAUUGGAAAAUGAAGACGUUUACAUGGCAACCACUUUCAAGGACUUCAUCCAGCUGUUAGUGAGAAAGCUGCGAGGGGAUGACAAAGAGAGCGAGUGCAUCAUUGACUACGUGGAAAAGGCAGUGAACAAGCUGACCCUCCGAAUGCCCCACCAGCUCUUCAUUGGGGGCACAUUUGUGGAUGCCGAGGGUGCCAAGACCUAUGAGACCAUCAACCCGACAGAUGGAAGUGUUAUCUGCCAGGUGUCCCUGGCCCAGGUCAGCGAUGUUGACAAGGCAGUGGCUGCUGCAAAAGAUGCCUUUGAGAAUGGAUUGUGGGGGAAGAUCAGUGCCCGGGACCGGGGCCGGCUCCUGUACAGGUUGGCAGACCUCAUGGAGCAGCAUCAGGAAGAGCUGGCCACCAUUGAGGCUCUGGAUGCAGGUGCUGUCUACACCCUGGCCCUGAAGACCCACGUGGGCAUGUCCAUCCAGACCUUCCGCUACUUUGCUGGCUGGUGUGACAAGAUCCAGGGCUCCACCAUCCCCAUCAACCAGGCCAGACCCAACAGAAACCUGACCUUGACCAGGAAGGAGCCAAUUGGCCAUGUUGGCCUCCUCAUGAACCCUGGGCCCUUUACGCCCAUGCGCUCUCUGGGCUCAUUGGUUGGCCAGAGACUCUCAGACCAUCCUGAUGUGCGAAAAAUUGGGUUCACAGGCUCCACAGAGGUGGGAAAGCACAUCAUGAAAAGCUGUGCCCUGAGCAACGUGAAGAAGGUGUCCCUGGAGCUCGGUGGGAAGUCACCCCUCAUCAUCUUUGCUGACUGUGACCUCAGCAAGGCUGUGCAGAUGGGGAUGAGCUCCGUCUUCUUCAACAAAGGCGAGAACUGCAUUGCAGCGGGCCGGCUCUUCGUAGAGGACUCAAUACACGACCAGUUUGUGCAGAAGGUGGUAGAAGAGGUGAAGAAGAUGAAGAUUGGCAACCCUCUAGACCGGGACACCAACCAUGGGCCGCAGAAUCACCAGGCCCACCUCCGGAAGCUGAUAGAGUACUGCCAGCGCGGCGUGAAGGAAGGGGCCACUCUGGUCUGCGGUGGGAAUCAAGUCCCUCGGCCAGGUUUCUUUUUCGAGCCAACCGUCUUCACGGACGUGGAGGACCACAUGUUCAUAGCCAAGGAAGAGUCCUUCGGGCCUGUCAUGGUCAUCUCUCGGUUUGCCGAUGGCGACAUGGACACUGUGCUGUCUCGGGCCAAUGCCACAGAAUUUGGCCUGGCCUCUGGCGUCUUCACCAGGGACAUCGGCAAAGCCCUGUACGUCAGUGACAAGCUGGAGGCAGGCACCGUGUUCAUCAACACGUACAACAAGACCGACGUGGCCGCUCCCUUCGGAGGCUUCAAGCAGUCUGGAUUUGGCAAAGACUUGGGAGAGGCGGCCCUGAAUGAGUACCUGAGGGUCAAGACGGUUACCUUUGAGUACUGAAGAAAGGUCUCGUGCGAAGAAGCCUCCGUCUCUUCCACAGGUUGACCUGCCUCCCCUGGCAGCCCGAUUGUCCUUCUAGCCCCCUCCUGAGUACACAGCACCUCCACCAAACUGGCUGGUGGAAGCCUGCUGCCUGCAACCCCUGUCCCUGUCCGGCACCCCAUCUCCCCAACCCCAGUCUAAUCAGACAACAUUUGGCUACUGAGGAAGUGGCUCCAGGGCGAAUAAUGUUCUGACCAGCA